UUCCCACAGACUUUCACAGCUUGGUGUAAUUCCCACCUGAGGAAAGCUGGCACUCAGAUCGAGAACAUCGAUGAGGAUUUCAGAGAUGGGUUGAAGCUCAUGUUACUUCUGGAAGUCAUUUCAGGGGAAAGACUUCCGAAACCGGAAAGAGGAAAAAUGAGGGUCCAUAAAAUUAAUAAUGUUAACAAAGCUUUGGACUUCAUUGCAAGUAAAGGAGUGAAGCUGGUCUCUAUUGGAGCUGAAGAAAUUGUUGAUGGCAAUGCUAAGAUGACACUGGGUAUGAUUUGGACCAUCAUUCUGCGGUUUGCAAUUCAGGACAUCUCUGUGGAAGAAACAUCUGCAAAGGAAGGAUUAUUACUGUGGUGUCAGAGAAAGACUGCGCCUUACAAGAAUGUCAAUGUACAGAACUUCCACAUAAGCUGGAAGGAUGGCCUGGCUUUUAAUGCCUUGAUUCACAGACACCGACCAGAGCUUAUAGAAUAUGAUAAACUGAGAAAGGAUGACCCAGUGACUAACUUGAACACUGCCUUUGAGGUGGCGGAGAAGUACUUGGAUAUCCCCAAAAUGUUGGACGCUGAAGACAUUGUCAGCACUGCUCGUCCUGAUGAGAAGGCAAUCAUGACAUACGUGUCCUCAUUCUACCACGCCUUCUCAGGAGCCCAGAAGGUAGCGUCUGGGGCGGCCAAACCUGAUGAGAAGGCCAUUAUGACCUACGUUUCCUGCUUCUACCACGCUUUCUCUGGGGCUCAGAAGGCUGAGACGGCUGCCAACAGAAUCUGCAAAGUCCUGGCAGUAAAUCAGGAGAAUGAACAUCUGAUGGAGGAUUAUGAGAAACUAGCCAGCAAUCUCUUGGAAUGGAUUCGCCGCACAAUUCCAUGGUUGGAAGAUCGUCAGCCUGAGAAGACCAUGAAUGACAUGCAGCAAAAACUAGAGGACUUCCGGGACUAUCGCCGAGUACACAAACCACCAAAAGUCCAGGAGAAAUGCCAGCUGGAGAUAAACUUUAACACCUUACAAACCAAGCUGAGGCUCAGUAACCGGCCGGCUUUUAUGCCGUCUGAGGGGAAGAUGGUGUCGGACAUUAACGGUGGCUGGCAGCAUUUGGAGCAGGCAGAAAAGGGUUAUGAGGAAUGGCUCUUGAAUGAGAUUCGCAGGUUGGAAAGGUUGGAUCACUUGGCCGAGAAGUUCCGACAGAAAGCCUCUAUUCAUGAAAGUUGGACCGAAGGCAAGGAGGCCUUAUUGAAGCAGAAGGACUACGAAACAGCUACCCUUGCAGAUAUCAAGGCCCUGAUCCGAAAACAUGAGGCCUUCGAAAGUGACCUUGCAGCCCACCAAGACAGAGUGGAACAGAUUGCUGCCAUUGCACAAGAGCUGAAUGAACUUGACUAUUAUGACUCCGCCAGUGUAAACGCACGUUGCCAAAAGAUCUGUGACCAGUGGGAUGUCCUGGGGUCACUGACACACCUCAGACGAGAAGCCUUAGAGCAAACAGAAAAGCAUUUGGAGACCAUUGACCAGAUGAACCUGGAGUAUGCCAAGAGGGCAUCACCGUUUAAUAACUGGAUGGAUGGGGCCAUGGAGGAUCUACAGGACAUGUUUAUUGUACACACCGUUGAAGAAGUUGAUGGCCUAAUCACAGCCCAUGGCCAGUUUAAGUCCACUCUGCCAGAUGCAGACCGCGAGAGAGAAGCCAUUCUUGACAUCCAGCGCCAAGUCCAGAAGAUUGCCGAUUAUAACCACAUUAAGUUGACCGGUGGAAACCCCUACACCACAGUUACACCAGACAUCAUUAAUUUCAAGUGGGAGAAGGUACAACAGCUUGUCCCCAAGAGAGACAAUGCUUUGAAGGCAGAGCAAGACAAGCAACAGUCCAACGAGCGCUUACGUGUGGAGUUCGCUAACUUAGCUAAUGUGGAGGGACCAUGGAUCCAGGGCAAGAUGGAGGAGGUUGGAAGGAUUGCCAUUGAAUUGCAUGGCACUCUGGAGGUCCAGAUGAGCCAUCUGAAGCAGUACGAACAGAGCGUCAUAAACCACAAGCCUAACAUAGACAGACUGGAGCAACAGCACCAGCUCAUUCAGGAAGCCCUGAUCUUUGAUAACAAGCACACCAACUACACCAUGGAGCACGUUCGUGUCGCCUGGGAACAUCUCCUCACCACCAUUGCUAGAACCAUCAACGAGGUGGAGAAUCAAAUUCUAACACGGGAUGCCAAGGGUAUCACUCAGGAACAAAUGCACGAAUUCAGAGCAUCCUUCAACCACUUUGACAAGGACCAUACGGGUGCUCUGGGACCUGAAGAAUUUAAAGCUUGUCUCAUCAGUCUGGGCUAUGAUGUGGAAAAUGACAGACAGGGUGACGCAGAAUUUAACCGCAUCAUGGCAAGCGUUGAUCCUAAUAAUUCAGGCAUGGUAACCUUCCAAGCUUUCAUUGACUUUAUGUCAAAGGAGACCACAGACACGGAUACUGCGGACCAAGUUAUUGCAUCUUUCAAGGUCCUUGCUGGAGACAAGAAUUACAUCACACCAGCAGAGCUUCGUCGGGAGCUGCCACCAGAUCAGGCAGAAUAUUGCAUCUCUCGCAUGGCACCCUACCACGGUCCCAAUGCUGUGCCUGGAGCUCUGGAUUACAUGUCCUUUUCUACUGCAUUGUAUGGCGAGAGUGACCUGUGA